GCCACCGCUCCUCCAGACCUUUACAGACAGCACACGCCUCUGCCCCUCUGUCUGUCCCAGUGUGAGAUGGGCUCCAGUAUUGCUGCAGAGCCAUGUUGACUCCGCCGCCUGCUCUCGCUCUCUCCACGCCUCUCCCAGGCUGCAGUGAGGCGGAAGCGUGCGGUGUGCCGGGGGCAGCCAAGGCCGUGCCGUGGCCCGGAGUGAGAGGGGCAGGGUGGCGCCCCCUGUCGACAGGGCAGACCUGGGGGGCAGUGCAGUGUGUGAGAGCCUGCUGUGUGCGGCCGGACUGCAGUGCCGCCUGGAGCCAGGGGGGGCGCUGUGUUCUGCUGAGCUGCCCUGCACCGGGGCGAUGUCACCUGUCUCCAACACGCCUCGCCACACCUCUCGCCCGCGGGCAGCUCUGGCAGCUUGGGCAGCAGGACAGGGGCGAGAGGAGGAUGAAGAGGAGCGAGGAAGGAGAUGUAGGGAAGAUGGAAAAGGCACAGCCUUACGUGAACCGGGAGGACCCUACCUCUGACACUCAUGCAGCUCCAGACCCGCCAGCCUCAGGCCCCGCCCCCCCAGUGACUGUGGCCAAUCCUCUCACACUGUCCCUCACGGUAAAUAGGAAGGGGAGCCUGUCAACCAGUGGCAGCACAGAGCUGUCGGACCCCAAGCUUGCAGCACAAAACCCCACCCCCUCUACAGGAAUGGUCACCACGGUAACGUCCAAUAGCAGCUGGAGUUCUACAAGAACACUGGAGCCCACCACCCCUACAAGCCACACCCCCUCUGCGCCCACCCAGGCCGUGCGGGAGCUGGUGGUGUCUGCAGGGAACAGUGUGGAGAUCACCCUGCCGCGCAGCGAGGUGCAGCUCAAUGCGUUUGUCCUGCCGGAGCCCCCCAAAGGGACUGAGUACGUGUUUGACUGGAGAUUGAUCACUCACCCCCAUGACUACAGUGGAGAGAUGGAGGGGAAACACAGCAGGAUCCUCAAGCUCAGUAAGCUGACGUUGGGGCUGUACGAGUUCAAGGUCCUGGUGGACGGCGAAGGGGCUCAUGGGGAGGGUUACGUCAACGUCACUGUCAAGCCAGAGCCUCGUGUCAAUAAGCCUCCCGUUGCCGUGGUGUCGCCCAGGUUCCAGGAGAUCUCCUUGCCAACCAGCUCCACGGUGAUCGACGGCAGCCGUGAGUACAGGGGUCCUGGUGUCUGGUGUCCUGUGUCCAGUGCCUGGUGUGACCCCCUCUCUCUCAGAUUUGCGGAGGAGUACCGACAGGCUCCAGCCAGGGGGUACGGUGCCGGCGUGGUCUCGGUGUUGAAGCGGCUGGCCAGCCCGCGGCUCGGCGAUGUCUUCCAGCCAGCACGCCAGCAGUUCGGGGGGCGGGGCUCCUUCGGCAACGGGGGGGCGAUGAGGGCGGCGCCCUUCGGCCUGGUCUUUCCCGACCCCGAGGCCGUGAAGAGGUUCUCCCGGCUGGGCGCCAUGCUGACUCACUCCUGCUCCCUGGGCUACAACGGCGCUGUGCUGCAGGCGCUGGCUGUGCACCUGGCCCUGCGGGGGGCGCUCUCGCACACGCACGCCUUCCUCAGCGCGCUCAUCGCAGAGAUGGAGGGAGUGGAAGGGGACGAGCGCUCCCGCAGAGACGCCCGCGAGCUGAACGAGCCCGAGCUGCCCUUCUGCGCCCGGCUGCACAGAGUGAGGGACCUGCUUGAGAGGGGCAGUGUGAGCGUGGAGGAGGUCAUUGCUGAUCUGGGGAACGGCAUCGCAGCGCUCCAGUCGGUGCCCACGGCGAUCUUCUGUGUGCUGCGCUGCCUGCAGCCCGUGCCAGAGCUGCCCGCGCGCUACGGCGGCCUGGAGAGGACCCUGGCCUUCUGCCUGGCACUGGGGGGCGACACCGACACCAUUGCCAGCAUGGCCGGUGCCAUCGCUGGGGCGCACUACGGCAUCGCCACCAUCCCGUCGGCCUGGAAAUGCUGCUGCGAGGGCGCCGAGGAGGCGGAGCUCUGGGCCGAGCGGCUGCACCAGCUGUACCAGCAGCGGGCACAGGGGGGCGCCACUGAGGCACAGCCCGAGCCGCCCCUGGAGUGACGCCGUGACCGACGCUGAAUCAGAGGCUGGCGGCCUGGUGGACGCUGAGCCCCAGCGGGUUCGAGCCUCACAAGCUCGGGCUCUGGGCUCCAGCCCGCUGGACCUGGGGCUUUUACACCUGUCCUUUCUCUGCUUUCACUGGGGUCCUAAUAAAACUCAUUUAAAAUUAA